AUGCUCACUUGCGCUUUCCAGCCAACUGCGAUUAAAAGUUAUGAAGAACGUUUUAAUACAUAUGCGCGUGUUUUAUUGGAAGUACUGGACCAAUAUGCAGACAAGGAUGAGACUUUUGAUUUGCUUCCAUAUCUAAAGCGUUACUCCGUGGAUUUCAUGACAGAUGCAACGUUCGGAAUACAAGUCAACACUCAGAAAGGUGAAAACUUGGAUUAUUAUGAAGCAGUCACGCGAAUACUUGAAUUAGGUUUUGAAACCUUGUAUUCUCCAUGGUUAAGAAUCGGCGUAAUCUCACGCCUAUUCGGACACGCUAGGAAAAUGGACAACUACCAAUUAAUCGUAAGACGUGUACAAAGAACGGCUGUGAUAGAGGGCAAAAAAGAGCAUGACAGAAUGAAAGAGAAAACUUCGCUUGGAAAAAAAGAAAAGAAAUGUUUUUUGGAUUGGUUGUUGAACUUGCAAGAUGAACGUAAUUUGAGUUUUGAAGACGUCUGUGAGGAAAUAGCAACUACUUUUUUUGCAGAUGCACAGUUUAAAUUUCCAAAGAUCAAAUUUCUUUAUGCCUUGAGUAGUCAUGAUAACGUAUCGAGUAGUAUCGGAUUUGUACUUUUUAUUUUGGGGCUGAAUAUGGAAUGUCAAAACAAAAUUUAUGAAGAGCUGAAUAGUGUGCUUGGUGAUGAGGAGCGGGAAGUUACUACAGAUGACGUCAAAAACUUAGUCUACUUAGAUCGAUGCAUCAAGGAGAACCUGAGACUUUAUCCGCAGGUUGUGAUUGUUGCAAGACGUAUUACUGAAGACAUUAAGAUUGGAGAAUAUACGAUUCCUGCUGGUGUAACAGCGUACAUUUCACCAUUCAGUGCAGCAAGAGACCCAAGGGAGUGGAAAGAACCAGAUUUCUUUAAUCCAGACAACUUUUCAGCAGAAAAUAUUGCCAAACGAGAUCCCUUUUCAUACAUACCCUUUUCAGCAGGAAUCCGCAACUGUAUUGGACAGAAAUUUGCUUCCGCGCAGGAAAGAAUAGCGUUAGCGCAUCUUUUACGGCGAUACGAGUUUCAUUCGAUGGUUACGGAGGAACAAAACAGAGCAAUUCCUGAAGUUUCGUUAAGACCCAGUCGGGGAUUCCCAAUGAGAAUUACUAGAAGGAAGAAGAAGUAUUAG